AUGUUAUUUUUAUUUCCAGUAUUGAACCAACCGUCCUCUGGUCAUGACUCUGAAGAUCAGAAGCUGGAGUGGACCGUCGCUCUGCAGCAAAACGCAGAAGUUUCUGGAAUCCAGUUUCUGAAGUCGGAGCAGCAGUCGAGCAGCGGCUCUAGCUCCUCAGAAGUGUCGGCUCAUGCAGACAGCUCCACUCUGCUCUGCUCCCCUUCACAGGUGAAGCAGGAGCCGCAGCCGGACGAUGAAGUGAUCUACAUCAAAGAGGAACCUGAGGAGACCCAUGAAGUCCUGUUUGAGCCGCCGGAGACAAAGAUUUCAAGAAAUGGCUCGGAUUGGUCCGGGACGCAGACAAGUGGGAUAAACGCCGCUGGAACUUCGUCUGGAGCAGUUUUCUCUCUGUCUGGACUCUGUGCUUCUAUGCCGUCGUCGGUGUUGUCCUCGUCCUUCAGCUCCUUCUCGCAGUAUCCCUGGUACAGGAGAUCGUUCGGUUUACCCGAGGAUUAUAAAAAACGCAUAAAGGAGCAGCAAAGACGCUCUUGGAUCAAAUGCAGAGAGUUGGAGAACACGCCUCAGCCGCAACUUUCAGAAAUGUUGCGUGAGCGUCGUGAAAAGACCAGACUAAGAGUGGCCAAAUGGAGAGCGAAGAAGAAACUCCAGGAAGCAAAGGCCCGAGCCGGAGCUGCUGCUGUGUCUCAAGCACUGAUGCCUGGAGGAACCCAAAACCAGCUGCUAGGAGCCAACUUUGGCUCCGUGUCUGGGUCGCAGCAGAACGCAGCGGUUCACUUCCAGAAUACUUACAUGUGCAGUAACUCUGGUCCAGGACACACCCCGGCCUCCUUCAUGGGAAUCUCCUCCAACUCUCUGCUGUUCCCCAAAGCUCAGGCGGGGGCUCAGGCGGGGGCUCAGGCGGGGGCUCAGGCGGGACCUCAGGCGGGACCUCAGGCGGGACCUCAGGCGGGACUUCAGGCGGGUGGUCUUGGGAUCGGUUCCGGAGAUGGUGCUGGUUGCAGCUCGGGCACUUCUCAAACGGUUACUUCGUCUUCGGCCUCGUAUCCGCAGAUCCACGUGACGCAGCAGAAUCCUCCUCUUCAUCAUCCGGAAAUGAUCGAGUGA